UUUAAACACCGAACAGCUGAUGAAACUAAUUCACGUUGUCUGGACAGACUCAUUUAAUAAGUAAAUUAAGUUUUUACUAUAACCGAUAAUACAUACUAUUUACCUUAGUCAUGACGACGCUUCUCUAUUCUGAUCCCGAGUUGGUUAUUGCAUUGAACAAAAAAGUAAUAUUCGUUAAUCCCAAUGAUUUACAAAUAUUUAAAGAGAUUGAGCUCCCGGAAGAUUUAUACGCAUUGGGGCUAAAAGCAUCCAACAAUCUCACUGAACCGUCCGAACUGGCAGCUGAGAAGAGUGAAGAGAAAUGUGAACAAUCCAAAGUGUCGAAGAAGCUGAAGCAUGUUAAAAUAGAACCACCUAGCAUUCUCCAUGUCAAACUCUCGCCAGAUAAUCGUCUAUGUGCUGUAACGACCUCCGGUCAAAAGGCUGUUCUACUGUACCAGUGUCGACCGGAGCAAGCCAAGCUAGUGUCAGUGCGUCCGCUUGCACGUGCUUCCAGCGUAAUCACUUUUAGCCCUGAUUCCAAAGUCCUUUUGGUGACCGAUAAAUCAGGUGAUUGCUACAAAUAUGAUUGUGAGAAUGACGAAGAAGAACCGCAGCUCCUAUUCGGUCAUUUUAGUAUUGUUUAUGAUCUGGUGUGGACUCCGGAUAGUAAAUAUAUAGUAACCUGUGACAGAGAUGACAAAAUUCGUGUAACAAACUAUCCUGCAACACAUGAUAUUCAUGGCUACUGUCUUGGCCACCAAGAAUUUGUGUCUGCCUUGGCCUUUUUGGACGAGGAUACAAUAAUUUCCGUAUCUGGUGAUAAAACUUUACGUCUUUGGGAUUUCAAAAAUGGUAGAGAAUUAACUAUGUUAGAACUGCCUGCACCUGGCUUGCGACUAUGCCUGCGUGCCACGGGGGAAAAUAAACUUGAAGCUGCGGUGCUUCUCUAUCAGCCCGAUGAAUGUAUUGCUCUAUACGAACUAACUAAAAGUGAUACCAGCAAGUGGUUGGUCAAGGAGCGCCAAAUUCUACGAAUUCCAGGAGUGAUUGUUAAUAGCAUAUGUUUUAUAAAUAAAAAUCUUUACGCUAGUGGCAUUGUCGAUGAACAUUUUACAUUAAGAGUAUUUAACGUGGAUGGGUGUGAGUCGAAAGUAUCUGGUGACUGGAUUAAGGUGAUAGAGGAACAGUUUAAAACAGAGGUGUGGAAGCCUGAAGAUGUAUCGGCGUGGUUCAAAAAGCGUUUUGAUAAUGUGAGUGACUACUUAGAACGCAAGAAACGACGAAUUGAAGAAAAACAGAAGUAACAUUUUCUGGUAUAAAUAAUCAU